CGCGUGGCGAUACCGGGCGGCGCCCCGCCCACCAGCCGCGCUCGGGGCGCCGCAGGCAGGACCAACCAUGGAUCUUGUCCUAAACGUCGCUGACUAUCACCUCCUCACACCCUACGUGUAUCCCAGCGCGUGGCCGGAAGAUGAACCCUUUCGACAGCUCCUCAGUCUCUUCGUCAUCACCAACCUUGGGGCGCUAGCCCUUUAUUUGCUGUUCGGCACGCUGAGCUACUACUUCAUUUUCGAUCACGAACUCAAGAAACAUCCUCAGUUUCUAGAGAACCAGGUGCAGCGUGAGAUCACCCACGCUGUCCAGUCCCUGCCGUGGAUCAGCGUGCCGACCGUCGCCCUUUUCUUCGCGGAGGUCAGGGGGUACAGCAAGCUCUAUGACAACAUUGAGGACUCCCCAUAUGGGUGGUCAGGAGUUAUUCUCAGCAUGAUGUCUUUCCUCUUUUUCACCGACAUGGGCAUUUACUGGAUACAUCGAUUCCUCCACCAUAAAUUGCUGUAUAAGCGUUUCCACAAGCCCCAUCACCUCUGGAAGGUCGCGACGCCCUUUGCCAGUCACGCUUUCCACCCCGUUGACGGCUUCAUGCAGAGCCUCCCCUACCAUGUCUACCCCUUCCUGUUUCCUCUGCACAAAGUGACGUACUUGGGUCUCUACAUCUUUGUCAAUGUCUGGACCAUCUCCAUUCACGACGGUGAUUACCGCGUCCCCAAGAUCUUGAGGCACGUUAUCAACGGCUCUGCCCACCACACCGAUCAUCACUUAUACUUUGACUACAACUACGGUCAGUAUUUCACUCUCUGGGAUAAAAUCGGCGGCUCCUACAAAAGCCCCACCUCCUUUGAGGGAAAAGGCCCACACGACUACUUGCACAAGCUCCGUGAGAAGGAGUCAAACAACCGAGGGAAUGGUUACAUGCCUCAGACGAUGCCUAACGAGGACAGUGAAAAAAACAAAUAGUUCUCCAGGGUGUCACCCUUAUCACAGAGUGCCAGAUCUUGUAUCGUUCCUUUCUUUUGCCAAGAGCCAACUUCCCUGAACAAAAAGCUGUCUCACACUAACACUUUGGGAACGCAGCGACUACGGGUGCCUAAACCUUUUUGACUGGCCGGGGCCAGAGCGCUUAGAGACCGACAGACUGUCCCGUCCUGGGUGUUAGUCAGGACCGAGAGAGAAAAUACGAGCCUCUAUGUCCAAACUCGCUACAUGAUCCUGUGGACCACCCCCACAAUUUCUGACAACUGGUGCGUGCUACCCUCAAAGGCCCCUUCCCUGCUCAUUGACAAACCCUCGCAGCAAUGCGGACCUGGUCCCAACGGAACGCUGCUACCAUUUGUCAGACGACUCACCCUGGGCCACAACCAGACCCCUCACCGGUUCUCUGCUAGACAUGGCUCCUGGGAACUGCUAUGGCGGGUCUCAUGUGCCUCUCACAUCCAGAUGCACCUCUCCUUCCAGGACCUCCUAUGCUCAGCCUCAUGUGGCACACCAACACGCUGACGCAAUGUGAGGACGUUACCAUAUCUAGACCCCAGCAGAAGAUGCACGCGGGUUCGGUUCUCUGCAUCUGCGUGCUGGCAUGUGCCUCAUGCAUCCUGAGACUGCCAAGGACCUGUCUCACUUCAAAGAUAACUUCCUCCUCUGCUGCGAACCCCCUCAGCAGAACCUGCACGACAGUGAUGGGUAUUGCGGGCGCAUUUGGAAAGCACUCAAACUUCUGCUCGCUCCCUUCAGUACUACCCUCAUUCAUUUCUGAAAAUUCAGGCGCCUGUCUGACUUUAUCCGAUUGCAACAGUGCAGGGUUCCUUUGUGACUUGUGUGAACUGGCAAACUAAAGAGAUUCCCUGCCACCUUUGAGGUCCCUUUUCCCCUCCUGGUGGUCUUUGUGUCUCUGCAGUGACCCCGGUAAUCUUGUAGGAUGACUAUGAAAGUAUUGUAAAGGCAUGGCGCUUCCUGGAGUUUCUACCUAUCAGUACGGCAUGACACCAUAGCACCUUAAUAUGGACAGGUUCAGAAACUGCUUAGUUUGCAUGACCUUCCACAACAGUCUGCACUCAGGCUACGUGCCAUCCUCGAGUUUACCCUUCCAGAUGAGAAUUCACAACAUACGCUCUGAACGCCUACCUUAUGGAGUCCGUGCAGAUACUCUCAGCGCGUUCUCGGUAGAGCGAUGGCUUGUCCUUUCAACAUCGUGGGACUUCUCAACGCUGAAAGAAGGCUCCUAGUCGCCAGGUGGAGCAGAAUGCAUCCCCAGGAAUCUUCUGUGGAGGUCGGAUGGUGGGUGAGAUUCAUCAGGAAGGAGGAGAGCUGUUGGAGAAAUGCAGGUUUUGAGUCAUGGGGGUAGUUUCCCAGGGAGAGACAUAAAGUUGCCCAGAGGCUGCUAUGAGGGUGGUGAGACAGGUAUCGGGAGGUUAGAGAUUGCUCUACGGUUCGUGGCUGGUUUUCCCCUUUAACACCCAACAUGCUCAUUUCUCAAACCUGAUUAUGCUGCAUUUUGGUCAUGUCUACAUUCAAUAAAUUGAAUUUGACAACUUUGAUGAGAA